AUGACGUGCCUCGUCGCUGUUUGCGUUGCGGUUAUUGCUGGGUACGUCCUGCUCGGUGGAUUUGCCCUGUUUUUCCUCGUGCGUUUUGCGUGGCUGAACUGCGUGCGCGAGGCGCGGCCGCGACAGUGCGGUCAGCACCUCCUGUCCUACGGGGUGUUGCUCUGCUACUUAGUCCUCUGCGUGUGGACAGCGCAUGGGUCAGCAUUCCUGCAGAGCGGGCUGCGCCUCGCGGCUUCGUCUUCAACUUCUGCCUCGCACGUAGGCACAGGAUCUGCAUUUGGCGCCAGUAGCACCUCUGUCUCUUCCAGGUGGCCCGUGCGUGUGCUCGUCGAGGUCGGCAGCUUCUUGGCUGACGCUUUCCUGCGUCCGUGGACUCCCUUCUCCCUCGCGGCACCAGCCACGACCGCCCACGACGCAGCCCUCUCUUCCUCUGCCCCAACGCUGCUGUUUUGCAGCGCGCUGUGCGCCUUCGCCCAGGUCGUCGCCGCCACCUCUCUUUACGGCACCUUCGCGGUGUGGUGCAACACACGCUGGCGCUACGUUGUCCUGCGAACUGUCGCCCAACACGCCGAUUUGUGGGCGCUUCUCUUCCCGCUCGAUCCCGCCGAGGAUUUUGCUGCUGCUGCGGCGGCGGCGGCGGCGAUGCGGUUUUCGGCAGAGGUGCAGCACAGCUCUCAACAUCAGCGAGACGGAUCGAUGGACUCCUUGUCGUCGCCGCCGUCGUCGCCAGCCGCCGGGGCACAACGAGGCGCAGCGGGGCGUCGUACCGGGCGGGUGAGCGUUAUCGCGCCAGCGAAUGCCUCGCCGCGCACUCCGCCAGGUCUUCCCCGAUUCAACGCCAGCGGUAGUAGUCGUGUGAAUGCGGCUGCGAACGGCCGUGUGUUCGCACUUUCACAACGUCCUGACCGCGCUGCAGGCACUAUGGAAGAAGAGGAAACACGGCCAGAGCGGCAGCGGCGACGCCAUCUCUUACGUGUUCGGCAACGUUUCUUGUCUGCCUUCUGGGUGACCGACGCGACGGUGUUGUUGAUGACGUUCUUCUUCUUUAGUAGCCUCGCUGCCGGUCGGGUGGCCGUCACAGCUGUCAUGGCCUCGAUCUGGACGCAGCGCUUCUCCAGCGGCGCAGCUUCAUCGACAACAGGGAUGCCGUCGACUGCCUCGACACGGAAAAGCUUUACCCCCUACCCUACCGAAGGCUACGUUGCAGUGAUCGGGCUGUGCUACCUCGCACUUCUACGUCUCCGGCUGAGGCGUCAGAGAGCGCUCCUGCGCGAUCUUUUCGUGCUCGUGCGCAGCUCCGCAACAGCAACAGCAACAGCGGCAGCACCGGCAGCACCUUCUCCUUCGCUGUCGCCCCUCCCCUUACCACGGCAGCGUCGCUCGCGUCUGUUGCACGGUGCUGAGGCGAACAGCAGUCGAACGCACCGCUCCAGCCGCUGUCGACUGUCUCGAUCUUCUGGUUCACUAUCGUCGCCCGCGUCGCCGACGCACCCGCUGUGCAGCCGCAGCUUCGACAACGCACCAUUUUCUGGCUGGGUCACCGUCAACCCGCGGCCGCCGUUGCAGCGCGUCGCGUUUGAUGUAGACGCCGAGGAUCGCGCGACGCGGGUGAAGGAGAGUGGUGGCCGAUCUGCGUCGCUCUUCGCUCGCUGGGGUGUGCGGUGGUGGUCGUGGUCGUGGUGGCCAGCCCAGACGCAGACUCGUGCAUCGCGCCAAGAGGGCGGCAGCUCCGCGGAUGCAUCUUCUUCCACGCCUUCCGCCACGUCAAGCCCGGCAGCGGCAGUGCAGCCCAACCCCCCGAAGUUUCGCUUUCUGAUCCUCACCACGGCGGCGCUGCUUGCCGUGCAGCUGGCGCCCGACUCGACGGGCGUGUGGGCGGCGGCGCUGGGGCUCAUCGGCGGCUGUGCCGCCGGCACCACUCGCGACGCCCUCUGCGGACCUUUCUGCUGGAUCGUCACGGACUACCGGAAGCUGCUGCGGUGCUCGUGGUGGGGCCUGUUCGCCUCCCGCGCCUGCAGCCCGCGCGCGAUGGACGUCUCUGCGGCGAUCUCGAGCCUGUCGGAGCAGCAACGGCGUCACUUCAUGACGCUGCACAUCCGCGGUGCCCUACCGCAUCCCUACCACCGCCGCCAUCCGUCGUGCGUGGUGGUGGACGAAGACGAAGAGGAGGACUGGGUUGCGGAGACGGCGAAUAAAUCCUUCGCUGUCAACGCGCUCGUCGAGGCGGCGAAGACGGCGACAGUCGCCACCAUCACCACUAACACAAGAACAAGAACAAUGCCGACGCCAGACUUUAUUACCUCACCACGUUCGGCGGGGUCGGCCAGCACCACCAGCCCGUCCGCGUCGUCCGCCACAACAGCAACAGCGGCGGCAUGCCUCGGGGACGUCGGAGAUGUGGACGUCGACGCGUUACUUGCGGACGACGAUGCACCUGGGAUGUCCGAAGUCGGAGGAGACACGUACAACGACGAUGAGUGGAGUGAGCGCGACAGCGUCGUGGCGGCGUUCUCGCUCACGCAGUUCUGGCACGGAGUUGUGACGCAGGCGCUGCAGAAGUCGGCUGCGCAAGCUACCGGGUUGCAGGGCGCGCCUUCUCCCGGAUUGAACGUCGAGGGAGGCGCUUUACACGAGUCUUUCGAGGGCCCAGCGUCCACGACGCACGCGAACUCCUCCGUCGUCUUUCCAUCGCUGCCGGGGCUGGCACACGUCCCCCACGGCGGCAGCAGCGGCGGCGGCGACGCGUCUAUAACGUUUUUCAACGCCAGCUUUCUGGGUGUAACGGACCCCUUUCGGGUCGCCGCGCUGCUGUCCCUGGUACCGACGGAGUCGCCUGUCAACGGAACGGCGAAGACGCUGCUGCCCAUCGCACCGGGUUUGGAGCUCGGCCACGACCUACGCGCGGGAUUUGGGCCGAAGAAGAUGAAGAGGUCGAUGUUGCUGACGGCUCCGGCGGCGGCACGCGUUGGUGCGGCGGAGGAGCGGGGGAAAGAGGACGCAGCGGAACGCGCGCGACAGGUUUCUGCUGCUGCUGCUGCCGCUGUUGGAAAGGAAAACAACGAGGAUCAUCCCGAGCGCAAUCGCAGCUCUCCUCGCCCUACACCCGCUGACGCGCAGCGACGUCCCCCGUUGUCCUCCUCACCACCACCACCGCACGCGCCUCACGCAAAAGAUCACGCGAUCGCGACGGCGCCAGAAGCGGGGUGGCUGUCGAGCGCGCUGGCCACCGUUGUGUCCGUCAUCGUCGGGCAUCGCCGGUCGGUCUCCUCACCCCCGCUGGACGCACACGCAGAAGGAGCUGAGGAAGCCUUCACAAGUGCGUUGCCCGCCGAGGUGGUGCACGACAUGUCCACAGCCAGCAGCCUCUCCAUCGCCACCUCCGCCGCUGCACGGGCGCUGCAGCAGAGCGAGGAAGGCUUUGAACGCUUCCUGAGCUGCGUGCGGCGUGACGGCGACAACACCUUCGCUCUGCAAAGUAUGCUGUCCGCGCACGGCAACACGUACGGCAGCCGGGUGGACGCUAUGGGGCGCGGCGCGUUGCACUACGCCGUCAUUGGCGGUUUUGUCCACGGGGUGUGGUUCCUCGUCAAGAUCGGCGCGGAGCCGAACCUGCUGGAUAAGGCCGGCUACGCCCCGCUGCACUACGCCGUGCUGUACCACACGGUGCACCGCCUCUCACCCACCAUUACGGAUGAAAACACGAGCGCGACGGUGCGGCAGGCGCGGCAGAUGCUGGGCAUCCCAGUGGUGGCCACGGCGGCCCUGCAGGCACCCGAGCAGGCACGGAAGCGACGCCAGCUGCGACAACAGCGGCACCGCCGGCUGAUGCGGCGGCGGCUGCAGGCGGCGUACAGCGCCACGACCGACCCGAAUCGCUCUUACGGCGGCAGCAGCAGCAGUGACAGCAGAGACAGCAGCGAUAACGGUAGACCGGUACUGUCGAUGGUAACGAGCAUGAGCACCGUCAGCGACGUCUCUCGCAUAAACAGCUACCACGGCAGGUCGUCGCCACGGCUGCGAAGGGCAGAGGAGCAGCACGACGAACAGAGCCACCACCACCACGGCAGCAGCAGCAUCAGCAGCAGCAGGAGUGUUGCGAACAGCACCCCGCUCGGGAUUCCCAGCAGCUCGCACGAUGAGGAACUCGCCGACAGUCCGCUGCUGGAGCUGCUGCCCACCGACAUGCCAGAUGACCCAGAGGACGCCAUCGUGGAAGAGCCGGCCUCGAGCAUGGCGGUUGUCGCCGCGGCUGCGAUGGCGCAAGAAGAACGUGGGCAGUGGUACGGCCUGGUGGGUCGGCUCUUGAGUCUUGGGGCACUCGUGGACUUCCCGACGGCGCGCGGCCUCACGGCGCUGCAUUUGGCGGUCUUGCAAGGCGCCCUCGGUCUUGUGAACACGCUGCUGCGGGAAGGCGCCAACCCCCUGCUGGGGUCGGAGCUGGAGACGCGACCGUUUCUCUCUCCUGCCAACGAUGCCGCGGGGGAAGAGACGGAGGAAGACGGGAGUCUCGACGCAGCAACGAAAGCACAGAAGAUAUCCGGUAGAGGAGACGGGGAAAGGGGCGAAGAAGCGGUGGAACUGGACAGGUCUGCGGCAUGGACUCAGCAGGUCAACGCGGAACUCCAGCGCGCUGUUGGUGGACGGCGGCGGCGUCGGCGGCAAGAGGAGUCGCGGACGUGCGUCGUUCCUGGAGAAGAAGAGCAAGCAGAGGAAGAGACACCGUAUGGCGCAAAAAAGCGCCAGAAGGGCAGCGCGAGCUGGGUGGAAGCACCAUCUCCUGCGACGUCGCCACCACCACAGGGGACCACCAGUGUCUUCGACACGGAAUGGGUCGACGUGCACCUCACACACGCCGGCAGCCCCAUCGUCAUGGGUCACUGCAAGUCCCCGCUGCUCUUAGCGGUAGAGCUGGAUGCCGACCUGGUGGUGGCCAGCAUGCUGUACCACGCCACGGUGCAAGACACGUAUCGCCGAGUCGCCGCCAGUCUUCGGGUGGGGAAGGUAAAGCGCGGCAGCAGCACCGGCAGCAGGAGCAGCAACAGCCUUCACGGCAGCGGUGGUGGUGGUAGGGGAACAGGACACGUUUCGUUUCUUCACGACGGUGACGUUGGCGUGCCGUUCGUGUCGUCGGCCAGCAAUUCGCCUCUGCCCCCGUCGCCGGUGUCGCGAAGAGUCGCCCACGGCAGCCCUGUGCCGUCUCCUCUGGCGGUGGUGGACUUGACAAAUACAACGGAUCCGUUGCAGCAGCAGCAGCAGCAGCAGCAGCAGCAGCGGCCGCCCCUCGUUCCAUCUCCGUCUCCUACAGCUUCCUCCUCCUCCUCACGCGCAGUUACACCCGGUGCACCAUCGCGCAGCAGCGUGCACUCGAGGAAGCCGUCGCUCACCACCGCCGUGGUGGCCGGUCGCAUCGGCAACACCUCGCCCCCCGCUGCGCCAGGGUCAGCACAUCCGCUGAUGGAAGAAGGGGGUGUUGAUGAGGCUGCCCACAACAAUGCUGCUGCCUCUGCCGCUGCUGUCGAGUUGAUUGCCGCCGUCGCAGCGCUUCUGCCGUCGCCCACCGUCAUCAACACGGUAGGCACCAGCAGCAAUCGAAGUAGCCCCGCGCCGCCGGUCGGUGGAGGUGGAAGUGGCGGCCACCAUCAGCGUGCGGGCAGCCGUGUCAGCAACAGCAACAGUGUCACGGACCUCAUCUCCUCGGUGAGUGGGGCGACGGCCGACACAAUUGCGACAACGAUCACCACACUGGCGUCGACGUGGGUCCGUACCUGCUGGGCGCGGUCCUGCGAGCACGACUUCCGCGCCAUUCACGUGGCACUUCUGCUGGGCAACGCGCGCGCGGCGCGGGUGCUGCUCCUACGCUGGACCUACGAUGGCAACGUCCGAGGCGGCGGUGGCGGCGGCAGCGCGGUGCUCGCUGCGGCAGGCCGUCACCAUACUACCAGUGGGGUGCAUUCUCUGUCGUCAGGACCGACGACCCCGAGUCGUCGCGGAAGAGGAGGAGGAGAAGACGCAACGCUCACCAGCGGGACCCCCUCCACGGUGCCAUCACCCGCCGUCUCGCCGCCCUCGACGUCACUCCCGUCCUCUUCCGCUGACAGGCGCGACACCGCCUCCACGAUGACGACGACGACGCUUGAAGCGCUGCCGUCCACUGUCGCCCAAAUCACCGUCCCCGUUCACGACAAAGGCGAAGGCGCGGUGUUUGCUCAUAGAGAACGGAGCAGCAACGGCAGUGGCGGCAGCAGCGACGAUGAGGGGGCGCAACGAGGGCUGCCCUCUUCUUCACCCCGCAGUCGUCAUCAUCAUCAUCAUCACCGCGGCCAUCGCUCACGUGCCCCGUCGACGGCAAUGCUCUCCCUCGCCACCUCCACCGGCGCCUCUGCCUUCUGGGUGGUCCCACUGCGCCUUAACUUUUUCCACCUAGCCGCCAUAGGUGACUCGACGGAGUGCCUCGCCUACGUGCUGCGGUGGAGCGGGGUGCCGGACUACGUCCCCUGCGCGCUGAGCGACGCGUUCCAUGACGAGGCACAGGCAGAGGAGUUGCGCUGGGACGUCCACGCCAACGUUGGGAGGCUAGCAGCGACGGAGACGCAAGAUGCGGAACAUUGUCGCGGCGCCCACCACGGCUGCCAGAAGUGGCGCGACGACCCCACCAGCACGCGGGAGCCGACGAGCGUGAUCGGCACUCUCCCCCCCUUCACCGCCGCCUCUCCGGUGUUGACAGAAGGGAUCGCCCUGCCGACCGCCACCACCACCACUGCCGCUCUCUCGAACGCAGAGGAAUUGGGAAGCAGAACGAAUAUUGUGGUCGUUAGCAGCGUUCUCGAGAGUCUGCGCACCAGCAGCAGCAACAGCGGCAACAACGAUACAUCGCGCACGCGGACCGGUGGAGCGGCCACGGCGGCCCCCACGUUGCGCAGGGCGGGUAGUGCGUCUGGUGGUCCGCAACCAUCUGCCACCGCUGCGCUGCACCUUCCGGUUCUCAUGGAGGAGCCACCACCGUCAGCGACACUCCCGCCCGCACACGCGUUGUGCAGGUCGUCGUCCCUCAUCGCAGAGGUCGCAACGAGGAGAGACGGCGAGGCGGUCACCGGGUCGGACACCCUCUCCGACGUCUUCAACCGCACCUGGAGCAGCAGCCGGUCCUCGCUGAACUCCGUCUCCUCGAACGAGGCGCAGCGACGGGCGAGCGCGUGCCCCGGUCUCGCUUCCUCUGUCCUGCCCCGUCGGGCACUUCGCCUACGUGCGAUGUGUACGCUGCUGCAGUCGCACCUCCAAGACGACGGCGUGCGGUGGCGGGUGCGCACGACUGUCUUUGGUCGUCGCCGCCGCUGCGGCAGCAGUGCCCCCGGUGCGAUGCUGCGACCUCGCGCCACGGCCACCACGCGAACAGAAGAAAAACAGGAGAAGGGAGACACGGAAGGAGGGGCCGUGUGGGACCGCGCGUCGUUGUCGCCAUCGCCGUCCGCUGCCGCGGUGGGGCUGGCCAGUGAGCAGAACAGCGUGCUGGCGAACACGUGUUUCGGCUCCACUGCCGCCGCGGCCGCCCUGCACACUGGCAUGACGAUCUGCUAUGCGACUAUGAACAACUUAGUGGAUGAGGAGGAGGUGGUGGCGGAGGAGGAGCCGCACCGCCAUACCGACAGUGUCAGUAGCAGCACCUGCAGUAGCGCCAGCAGCAACCCGACCUCAAAUGAAGGCAGUGGCUACAGCUACGAUGCGCAGACGGCGUCUGGCACCACCAGGAAAGAAACACAAAGCCGUGUGAAGAGGCACCACCGUCAAGUGCACGCGCGCCGGCUGCGGGAGCACGAGCGGCUGCGUCGUCUCCAUCAACAGCGGCGCCGCGCCUUUGUCUCCGCCGUGACGAAACUGCGUCAGUGCAUCGUCCACGUCCCGCUCGACGUGGCCCACCUCGCCGCGAUAGAAAUGGCGGUAGAUCGGGCCUGUACGACGCUGCCAUCGGCGCCGGCACGCCGCAGCUUGCAGCAGGCCCUGUUGAUCGUGACGCGUCGACUGCAGAAUCAGAAACGUCGUCAGCAGCUGAUCGGUGACCUUCGAAGGAGUGCCGCCACAGCUGCAGCGAGGUCAGGAACAACACCGUCUGCUGUCAGUGCGAGGCAGCGAAGCUCGACCGACGACCCGGCACAUGACAGCGAAGCAAAGGGCACCCUCGGCGUGGAAGACUCCUUCGCAGGGAACACCGCUACAAUAUCGAAGGACAGUCACCCCGCGUCCAGCUUCCCCAGCACCCCGACGGCGGAGGCAGGCACACGAAGACGCGGCGGACACGUGAACAGCCCCCGGCAAGAUGCGAGGUCACCGUCGAUUGCCACCUCAGCUCCCUCGUACUACAGUGCCCUCGGUCAAUACACCGAAGGGGAGUCUAAUAAUGCUGGCGAGAAGGGCGGUGGCGACUUCGUUUUGGAUGAACGAUGGCGUCGCUUCCGACACGAGCAGCAGCAGCAGCGUCUCCGGCAGCUGCUCACGGCGCUGGCCAGCGAGCUGAACGCAGUCGAUACGCGAGGGUUGACGCCGCUGCACUACGCGAUUGCGAACCAGAACGCCGGUAUGGUGUAUCUGCUCUGUGCCUACGGGGCCACCUUUGUCUUUGCGUCCGAGGAGACGGAGUCGCAGCUGGUCGGGCGCUCUGUAAAGGCGGUGGCCGCAGAAGCCGCCAUGGUUGCGGCGUUGGAGGACAACAGCAGCAACAGCAAUGGCACCGCGACGUUCUCGGUGACGAGUGGGAGUGAUUCGGAGGGAUCGCUGGCUGCGUCGAUGGUGCACGUUGAUGGUGCGCCGACGGUGUCACCAAUGAUGGCGUCCACCGUUAUCGUCUCGCCCACCGGCAUGCUUACCCCGGCGCGCAGCGAGAAGACGGGGACAACAGCGCCUGCAGCGACGAGGGCGAGGACGACGGCAGCGGCACUGCGUGCGCAGCUGGCAGACUCGGGCAUCGUCGCCGCGGCUGAUAUUCUCGCGCGCUACAGCGAGCACUACGCCGGUCAGCUUACCCCGGCCACUCGGGAAGCGCUGCGUCAGGCCGCCAAGGCAGCUAGAGCGGAACCCUUACUACGGCACCUGCCCACACGCGAAGCACAGGAAGGGGGGCGGCUGGACGCGUCACACGACGGACUUCAGCGAGACGCCCCGCCUCGAGUCGGCACAUCACCGCUGCAGCUUCACUCUACUCAACCGCCGAUUGCCUCCACUACAGCCAGUGCUACACCCGCGACGACAGCAGAGUUGGGUGGUGAUGAUGGAUGUGUUCCUGCUACGUCGACGACUGUCGCUGUCUCACUCACCACGCCGCCGCCGUCGACCUCCUUGUCGUCGUCCCUCUCCGCCUUUCCGCAGCUCCUGCCACCGCAACGACCACCCCCGCUGACGCAGUUUGUUGCGCCGCCCUCGACGAUAGCUGCCACGCUGACCGAGGCGCUGGGCCUGGGCGUCAGCAGCAUCUUCGCCGUGGCCGCAGCAGGUGCCUUGCGGGAGUUGAACGUAGCUGGGCAACAGGGCACCCGUGAAUCGGUGCCGGCAGUGGCGUCGGCUUCCUCGACGCCGACACCGCAGAGCACGAUGGCUGCCCCGACAGAAGCCGCAAUGAUGGCAAGCAGGCGAAAUAAACUUCACGACCUGCAGGCGCACCUCGUGGAACAAGAAGAGAGGGCGCUCCAGCAGAUGGUGGGAGGCGCGAGGGCGGUGUCUCGCUGCAACAACAAUAAUAACAGCAGCGUCGCCACUCCGCUGCUGCCUCCUCCACCAACGGCCUCCAGUGCCAGAGCACGCGAGAGUACUGGGGAGGAGAAAAUGGCUCGCGGUAAUACAGCGUUGCCGUCCCCCGCCUUCGCGGCGACCCCAACAGGGGACGUGGCGGCGGCCGCCGCGGUAGAAAGUGCGGUUGCAUCUUCUGGGGCUGCCUCUCGCUGCUCCGCCGCCUCCUCUCCUUCGGCACCCGCCACUGCCACCGCGGCGACGGCGGCCGCAGACGCGCAGAAUGCGGUAGAGUACGCGAUGCUCGAGCCGCACGACGUCUUCGUCACCCACGUCGUGCGCAACCCGGCGAAGGCGGACAGCAUGGUGCGGGCGGCGAUGGAAGGGACAGCGCUGAGGUACCUUUUUCAAGCCUAUGUGGUCACGAGUACGGUGGGAAUUUGA